AUGGGAGGAGUUGUAAGCAGCACAACAAAGUUAGAGGACAAUGAAGCACUCAAGAAAUUUUGCGGAGCCAAAGAAAUAACCGAUGACACUUUUUGGAAUGAUCUGUUCACAUUCCAUCUGGAAAUUGAUGAACGGGAUUCAGAAAUCAUCAAACAAGUUGAUAGAAUUGCACAAAACUUUGUGGAAUCCCUAAUUGAUAACUCUCAAGUCUCCCGCAAUCUCUCCGGAUUUUUGCACAAAUUUUUUGAAAUGGUCGACGAGCUUCUCAGCUCACUCGUAGAAGAAAAAAAGAAAUUGACUUUUCAAGUUGUAAAUGCUCUCACAAUUCUACACUAUGUGAUCAAAUAUUCUUGCCAACGCCUUCCCGAAGAUGAACUGAUUAAAGUUUAUCAGUACUCUAUAGAGCCAAGUGUUGUUGAAACUGAUUCGUACUGUCUGUUACAAAAAUUGAUCCAUCACCUAGUUGAUUUGAUUAUUCGGAUGCCGACUAAUGAUCUAACAGUGCCCAUUCAAAUUGAAGCCGUGAGAACUUGUUUGGCGAUCCUCAGCUCGCAGUUGUACAAAGAUGAACUUUUACAAAAAUCUCAAGUCUUCAACUACUUCUUAUUAGAAAAAACCGAAGAAACUUCUACAAUUUUCAUCAAGGUGUUGCUAACGAAUUAUUUGGUUCACAAUGAAGAAUAUCUGGGUCCAAACCAAAUAAAGAAGCCAGAAAGCAUUGUCCUUGGGUUAGCAGGUUCUUUGUGGAACAUGGUGACACUUGCUGCUGGACUCGACGAUUCUGAGGAAACACAACAACCAGCUUUAUCUCUUGGAAGUCUUUCCUUAUUGCUGGCGCUUGCAUUGGCAUGUCAUAACUCUCAAGAAAAGAAUCCUUUCAAAGAAACUUUAGCACAGUUUCAAAAUUCUCAAGAAAUCUCAACGAUGCCUACACCAAUAAUCACUUUUAAACUUGAUUACAAUGCCUUAUACGAAAGAUUGUGCUCAACCGUUGAGCAGGAACCACCUAUGCUGCUCUUAUAUAUGCUUUUGCACCGAAAUAUUGGAUUUCGGAAUUAUGUUUUGAGCAGGAUCAAUCUAGAAAAAUUGGUACUACCAGUUCUCAAAAUACUUCACAACGGAGCCAACUCACAAUCUGCUAAUGCUCACCAUAUGUAUCUGGCGUUAAUCGCAGUUUUGAUUCUAUCGGAAGACGACUUCUUCUGCAAAAUAAUUCAUGAAACGAUGGUGAAAGGAGAUUGGAUUGAUUCUGAUCGUCCGAUCGGAGACAUUUCCUUAGGUGGACUUACAAUUUUGGUUUUCAUUCGCACAUUGCAAAAGAAUGCGAUCCGAACAAAGGAUCGUUAUCUACAUACAAAUUCCCUCGCCGCAUUGGCAAAUUUGGCUUCAGCUUUUAAGAAUUUGAACCCAGUCGUAUGCCAGAAAAUGGUCGGAUUGCUUGAGCUACUCACAAAACGCCAUGCGAAACUGGUUGAACUUCUCCGAGAAUCACUUGAGACGCAAACUGAUGAAGGACAGAACAACUAUAGCGAUGAUAUUACCGUAUUGGAGGAGGGAAUCCGAACACUCCUUGAAAUCAUCAACACGGUCUUGACAUCACGACUUCGAUACAAUGCAAAUCUCAUUUACACCCUACUUUAUCACCGAAAACUCUUCGAUAAUCUGAAAGACCAUCCAAUGUUUCAGGAUUUGCUAAAAAAUAUAUGGUCGGUAAUCGAGCAUUUUUCGACCAAGAUUGAAGGAAUUUCUGAUGGAACUAGUUCUAUUAUGAAUGCGAUAGAUGAUGAAGUGUUGAUCUGGAGGACCGAUCGUUUGCAAAAGUUUCCUGAUCUUAAAUUCAGAUACGUCGAAGAUGAGAAUACCAUCGACUUCUUUGUACCCUAUGUAUGGAGACUCGUUUUUGAACACUCAGGACUUCGUUUUGAACCCUCGCGCGUAAAAGUCUUCAACGCAUUGCUUGUGAUAAAA